GGUACCUUGUCGUUGGGACCCUUGGGAUGGGAUAUAUGUAAUAUAUCAGGUUGUUAGACCAUAGGAACUAAAGAACCAACCACUGGGUUGAAAAAUGGCAGAAAAAGCCGUAAAGGAACGUAAAAUUUUACCUGGUGGCUUCAUCAGCGUUGUCAUCAAUUUUCGGACUUAUAGGUUUAUGACUGUGAUAAACAAGAAAUGUCAGGUGUCUGAUUUGAUGAAAGAGGUGGAAAACACUCUGAACAAAGUAUAUUCCAAAAAGGUGGAGAUCAAGACAUUGAAAAAUGCACUCAAUGCAGUUCUACCCAAAUGGUACAAUGUUGUGCACUUGAUUCGUGACCAAGACGAGGUUUAUGCUUUCACAGAUAAUGCAGCUGAAUUAAUGAGCAACAUGGAUGACCCCCCUGAAGGGAACAAUGACUCUGGCUUCACCAGUCCAGCUAGGAGACUACCGACAAUAAGAGAGCUUCAGGAAAUAAUUUUCGAGAAGAUGACUCGGCAAGCGAGGUGUUCAGCGUCAGUUACCCUCCAACUAUACAGAAGAUGGAAAGGACGAAAAAUGAAAAUGGGAAAACAACCGCUGAUAAACCAAAUAAUCAAAAUGCUGAUCAUCAAAACAAUGUAGGAACUACGGCGGUUGAUGGAGGUCACUCGAGUUCUGACGAGGAAGAUAUGGAGGAAGAUGAUGGCGAAGCGAAGGACGGUGGUGCUAAUGUGAAGAAGACGGACGUCGGUGAUGUAAGAGAAAAAGACGGUGGUAAAAUUGAUGGAAACGGAGCAUUUUCAUGUAAAAAGCGCGGAGAGAAUACAGGUCCAUCACACGAGAUUCUUGCUAAAGACAAAAAUGGCAGUGAAAGAGCGAUUGGCGCGAUCCCCUCCCAAAAGAAAACAAUGCAAACCACGGGGAAAAGUUCGAGCGCGGAAAGUUUCAACCGGAAGCUUCUCAAGGAUGCCUCAAAUGGCAAGAUCUCCAGCGAUUCCAGUAGUGAUACGGAAUCGGAAGAGAAAAAUGGACAAAAAAAAGCUCAGACUCCAAAAAAGAAAAUAAUGAAUACUGAAGGAAAAAGUUCUAGCGUGAAGAAAAGUUUCACUCAGACGGGAUUGAAGGAUGCCUCAAAUGGCAAGAUCUCCAGCGAUUCCAGUAGUGAUACGGAGUCGGAAGAGGAUGAGAAAAAUGGACAAAAAAAAGCUCAGACUCCAAAAAAGAAAAUAAUGAACACUGAAGGAAAAAGUUCGAGCGUGAAAAGUUUCACACUCACAGGAUGGAAGGAUGUUUCAGAUGGAAAUUCUAGUAGUGAUUCGGAGUCGGAAGAGAUGAGAAAGAUGAACGUGAAAAGCGGCAGAAGAGGCUAUCUCAUUUCGAAGGCGAAAAUAACAACAAGUAAGGACGAUGCGAGAAUUCCAGUGAUUCAAGUAGUGAAACGGAAGACUCGGAUCAAGAGAAGGUUCGGCAAAACGAACGAUAUUUCUACAGCAAAACAGACGGUAAAACGAAAACGGUUCAACGCGACAGUUUGCAAACAAACAGAACGAAACGAAUGAGAAUAGUGAGAAUUCGUCAAGUUCUUCAAGCAGUUGGUCAUCAACCGAAAGCAAGAAAGGGCAGACGGGUAAGGAACUACAGAAAGACAACAAAAAUGAAAAAGCUGCAGACGUGAAGAAAACUGUUGCCAAAAAUAAAUCCGUAGCCAAAACUCAGCCGAGCGAGAGUCCUGUGAAAAACAGCGAGGGCAUUCACCAGACAUCUACGUCCCGCAUAUCACCUGCGGCAAUGUCAGCGAAGAAAGUUACGUCAUGGCUGUGGUCCAAUCCCGUGUCUGGAGAUGGUGACGUAAGUGAACAUUCGUUGCAAUCGAAAACUACCUCGAAAAGUAAAACGAAGGAGUCAAAAAAGGCGAGUGCCAAUGCGUCAGAGCAAAACAAGACGAAAGACACUACAAGUACUGGUCAUGGCAACGAAACCAGCAAAAAGUCACAGGAAUCUGGGUCGUCGUCGAGAAAGAGCGAAAAGGUCAAUUCGAAAAAGAGACGAUUGGCAGACGAAUUUGAUCAACAAUCCUCAAGCAAAGCUAAGAAAAACAAGACGAAACAGUCCGUAAACGAUGAGCAGAUGAAAAGAACAACAAAUGAAGACAAAACACCGAAGACCCCCAAACGUGCCGCUCCUCUUUCUUUACCAAGGACUCCGAAAGGAUUGUCGGCUUUAGCUGACGAUGGUAACUAAAGUGAGUGCGACACGGGGAGCGCAACAAAAAACAUGGCGAAUCCACUGAAACAGAAAGGAUUCCUUUCGCCCUUCAAUAAACCUCGUAAAAGAUUGACAAGCUCCAAAACGCCGAAACCACAAGUGAAAAAACUUUCGUCUACCCAAACGACCGAAACGAUAGAGCCAAACUCUAAAGAAAGAAAAUUUCUAGACAGCGGUAAAAUGAGCUUAGAUGCCCUGUUAAACGAUAAAAAUAUAAAUUGGUAGAACAUGCAUAAAUACACUGUAAACUAGACUUCGCUGUUUUCAGGGUGAUUUCAACUUACCGUGUUCAUAGAACAUCUUACAAAACAAACGAUGUUUUAAAUGAAAUUGGAGGAUGCCAAUUUUACAUGUGCGGUAUCAUGCACACACUGAACUUUAUAUAUGUAGUUCAUAUACAUGCAUGUGAUGAUAAGGCAACCAAGUUUUAACCACUAGAUUUCUGAUAUGGUAUUGUGUUAUUUCAAUUUACAUAAGACAACAGUUUAUAUUUUUAAAA